AUGCCUAUCUACCUAAGCAUGCAACGGGUUCGUUUCUCGAGCCCAGACGCCUAUGAGAAAUUCAAGGUGUUAUUCGCUGAUACCCGCCGUCACCUCAUGACGCUUCCUGGUUUCUUGCAUCUGACGUGGUGGGAGCAUCCUGAUGAUCGAAGCUGGUACAAUGAGUGUAGCUUUUGGACCAGCCGAGGGGCACUGUAUGAUUGGCAUAAAAAUACCUAUCAUAAGUAUUGCAAGUCAUGGGCUGCAAAUGGUGCAAUCAUGGAAGAUAUCAUUACCAAUUUUGAGCUUGUCGGCACUCGUCUUAUCCGGGUCUGCCCCGUAUGCAAUAAGGCAGAAGACAAAAAGUACAACUUGGCCGAGGAACAGGCUGUGUUGAAAGAGACAUGCCCUCAGUGUGGAUUCCAUUUCCCAGUUCUUGAAGAAACGCCUUCUAGCUUUGCUGUUUUCAAGGAUGUACCUGGCCUGCUCAUGAACGAUAAAGAGGAUAAGCAGAAGGAAGAGGCCAAGGCAUGA